AUGUCUGACCUGAGGGACCGAUUGCGCCGUCUAAGAGAAGCAAGCGCAAGUGCGGCAGCAACUGCAUCGAAGCCGGCGCAAUUAUCGUAUUCAUCCUCGAGCGCGCACCUAAGUUAUAUUCGAAGUACUCAGCCUUGCGAGCAAUUAGCGGCUGCAACUUGCCGGCAGGACGAAGCUCAAGACGUAACCCUUCGGAUCCAGGAUGAGGUUGAUUUCGAGGCGGAGCUUUUCCAUAGCCGUGACUCUUCCAUCCCCGACUACCUCAGGGACACUUUAGCUGAUGGGGAGGACGGCGCAACGAGCGACCACAACGCUUGCUUUGGAGAUUGGGCAAGAACAUUCAAUCGAGAGUUGAGCAUCGCAUCCAAAAGCUCUCAAUUGGACGCCGAGAUUGCAUUUACACAGUGGCAGGAAUUGAAGGCCCAGGAUUUCAAUGCUGGUGUCGCAGAGCUUGCAGAACCCCCUUUGGCAUCAACAUCUAAGACUGUGCCGCCAAAUAGCGAGACGAGCAGCAAGCUCAUCCUAGAGAACGAGGGUCGGCCCGCCUUGCAAGCUGGCUUGUACGCCGAAGCGUCUCAAGGUGGUGCAACCAUUGACCUUGAGGCCUGCCUGGCAGAUGCGAUGGAGGGUGGGCUGGGAGGCCCCGAAGACGCCUCAAAUGAAGAGUUCCACGUCGAUGCUCCGAAAGAAGGCGACGACACAGACAAGGAGGCUGAUGAGCUCGUUGCAAGGCUUGUGAAGCUCCGAGGCACGCGCAGCCCCUCCCCACCGGUCGAAAGUGCGUUCCCUCCUUGUGGUUCAUCAGUCACGGAUGAAUCGUCUAGAGACAAUCUGGCAGCUGCGGCGAUGCUCAAGCUUCCAUCGGCACCGACUUCUCAUCCCAACUUACAAACCUCCUCUAACUUCUUCUCGUCACAAGAUGAGGGGCUUCCAUCCGAUCUCUCAUCCUUUUCCAAGCUGGUCCGUCUGAAUACCACAAAAGCAGAUCCUGGGUCUCUCCAAGCACGUCUUGAUGCACUGAAGGCAAAUGAGGCUCGAGCGAGGCCAAAAUCGUCUGCUCCGAAAUGGUCUCAGGGCUCGACGAAGGCUGAAAUUCUGAGCGGGUUUGGUCUUCCCUCAACACCAAAGCAUCCCGUCCAUCCUAGCACAUGCAGCUUCUCGGCAGACAAUUAUAGUUCAUCGUUCGUCUCGGGCGUGUCGUCUCGGCUUGCUGGCAAUGAUAGUGAUUACGAUGACUGCGGUACCAGCGGCGAUAACGACGAGACUCUCUGUUGGUGUGAAAUAUGCAAUACCGACGCUACAUUGCGCUGCACAGGCUGUGACGGCGACUUAUACUGCGGCGAGUGCUGGGUGCAAGGACACUCGUCCAUGGCGCGCAACGAACUUCGAGAGCACAAGACUGUAGAGUUCACGCCAAGACGUCUUAGGGGCAGGGCAAACGGGAGGUGCGAUGACGAGCAGUCGCAUGGCGCGGCGAGAGGACUUGCAGACUUGGUGGCGUAG